AUGCACCUGCUCGUAACAGAUCGUCCCUUUCGUUGCCGCGGCGCUGCAGCGAUGCUCCUUGAGGAGUUUGUGAAGGAGGCCGGAGGGGGAUAUUGUUUGGUCGAAGCCAGCCGAAUGGGGGAACCCCAGUACGCGAAAAAAGGGUUUGAACAUGUUAUGGACAUGCCAGUGAAAGUUAAGGGCGAGGAGGAGGGAACCAACGUUGCCGUUAUGUGGAAGCAGCCAACCGCAGCGGAAAUUACUGUAAGGUGGUCGCCGCCUCCUCCGUCGCCGCCUCUUCCGCCGCCGCUUGCUUCGCUUCCCGAAGAAGAUUUGAGCUUUAUGCAAACCUUAAAGGAGUCUGACCGAAGAAAAAUGGGCUUUUUAGAAUAA